AUGGCCACCCCCAAUGUUCUUACUUUUGACGCUGAGGGGAGGGCCAUUGACUUUGCCGUCUGGAUUGAAGACCUGCAGCUGUACUUACUGUGUGAUGCGAUAGAUGAGGUCUCUCUCUUUGACUUUGUCUCUGGAGCUGUCCCUGCCCCGCCUGCUGAUGCUGACUCUGCCGUUCGCUCCAAGUGGGCGACCCGCGAUGCUGCUGCACGUCUUGCUGUGCGUCGCCACCUCCCUUCCUCUGAGCGUGCCCACUUUAGUCAGUGCAAGACCGCUCAGGCCUUGUACGACGCUGUAGUUGCACGCUACUCCUCUCCUUCCUCCGCUACCCUUAGCCGCCUCAUGCUACCGUUUCUCUUCCCUGACCUCGCUUCCUUUCCCACUGUCGCUGACCUCGUUACCCACCUCCGCACUAGUGACGCUCGCUACCGCGCUGCCCUUCCUGCUGAGUUCCGCGCCGCAAACCCUCCUCCCAUGUAUAUCACUCUCUACUUUCUCGUCACCCGUCUUCCUGAGUCCCUUCGUGUCGUUAGGGACCAGUUUCUCGCUGUCUGUCCCACCACCCUCACUGUCGACCUCCUUGAGGAGUCCCUGCUAGCGGCUGAGAAGAGUAUAGUCGCUGUAGGGGCCUCUAGGGGUGACCCUCGCACCCCCAUCUUUGAGGGGUGUUCUCCUUCCCCCCUGCUGCCCUCUGUCGCCUCUGCUGCUACGGCCGACCUCGCUGGUUUUGAGUCGGUCGGUGCGGCGUCUGCCCCCAGCGGCAGACGCCGCUCUGGCAAGGGCAAGGGGGGCAAGGGAGCGGGUGGAUCUAGAGGAGGCAGUGGCGGAGGAGGUGGGGGUGGCGGGGGGAGUGGGGGUGGCGGUGGAGGUGGUGGCGGGAGUGGGGGUACCGGUGGAGGAGGUGGAGGCGGAGGUGGCGGCGGAGGCGGCAGCGGAGGAGGCGGGGGCGAGGGUACCGGUGGGGGCGGUGGCGGUGGAGACGGGGGUGGCGGUGGAGGUGGGAGUGGCGGUGGAGGCGGGAGUGGCGGAGGCGGCGGGGGUCGGAGUGGCUCGUCCCAGCGGAGCAGCUCUGGGGGUGGUCAGCGCCAGCAGCAGCAGCAGCAGCAGCAGCAGCGGUCUCGCACCGUCCCCGCCCCUCAGCAGCUCCGUGAGUGGUACUUGCAGCGUCAGCGUGGUGGUGCGUUUGGUCCCUGCCCCUACGUUCUUCGCUCCGGCGACCGUGCGGGGGAGAGGGCUGGUGUAGCCAUUUAUGAUCUUGACUUUGAUGCUAUUCUCUCUGCUAUGUAUGCUGUGACUGGUAGUGAUGAGGAUGACUGUUACCGGUGUUUCCCGCCCGACCCGGGCAUUGGUACUGCCGCGUCAGGUACUAGUGAGGCUGCUGCUCUAGGUGCCAGUGCGUCUGUGCUCUCAGGUGCUGGUGAGUCUGCCCUCUCAGGUACUGUGUCGGCUUCGGCCUCUCACACCUUCACCCUUGACUCUGGAGCGUCUCGCUCCUUCUUUCGGGACCGCACCACUCUCACGCCACUGAGUCGGCCGGUUGCGGUGUCCCUAGCUGACCCCUCUGGGGGGCCUGUCCUGUCUCGCUUCUCCACUGUCCUCCCGUGUCCGGCGGCCCCCUCUGGCACCCUGACUGGUCUCUACCUCCCCUCGUUCUCGACGAACUUGGUGAGUGGUGCUGACCUCCAGGAUGCGGGUGUCCACCAGUUCACCCCUGCUCGUCAGCGGGUGACUCACUGCACUGAGGCGGAUACAGGUCGCCACCUGGCUACGUUCACACGUCGGCCAGGGUCGAGCCUGUACACACUGACCACUGCUUCUCCUCCAGGUACUACGUCUGGUAGGGUCCCUUCGUCUGGUCAGGUGUUUGCUGCAGCGUCCAGGUCCGGUCCUGAGUCUGCCCCCUGCUCGUGUCGUCGUCUGUCUCACGAGACCCUCCUCUGGCACCACCGCCUUGGCCACCCCUCUCUGCUUCGGCUCAGAGGCAUGGCCUCGCGAGUCCUUGUGUCUGGUCUUCCCCGGUCCCUACCUCCCUUUCCUCCGGGCCCUGGCCCUGCCUGUGUCCCCUGUGUCGAGGGGCGCCAGCGUGCUGCCCCUCACUCCUCCCAGUUUCCUCCGACAGAGGCCCCGUUGCAGACGCUUCACAUGGACGUGUGGGGCCCAGCCCGCGUCUGUGGACAGGGUCAGGAGCGCUACUUCCUGCUGGUGGUUGACGACUACUCGCGUUACACCACAGUCUUCCCCUUGCGCAGCAAGGGUGAGGUCACUGAGGUGUUGAUCGUUUGGAUCCGCGCAGCUCGUCUCCAGCUUCGGAGGAGCUUUGGCUCUGACUUUCCUGUUUUGCGUCUGCACUCGGACAGAGGCGGAGAGUUCUCCUCUGGCCUCCUGAGUGCCUACUGUCGUGCGCGAGGCAUUCGUCAGACCUUCACGCUUCCGGACUCACCACAGCAGAAUGGGAUUGCUGAGCGCCGCAUUGGCAUGGUCAUGGACGUCGCUCGUACGUCCAUGAUGCAUGCGGCUGCCCCCCAUUUUCUGUGGCCGUUUGCGGUCAGGUACGCCGCGCAUCAGAUCAACCUUCACCCCCGGGUCUCUCGACCCGCGAUGUCCCCAGUCUUGAUGUGGACGGGGAAGGUUGGCGAUGCGUCGGCGUUCCGGGUCUGGGGAUCUCGGGCGUUUGUCCGCGACUUGUCUGCGGACAAGCUGUCCCCUCGCGCUGCUCCCUGCGUCUUCCUGGGGUUCCCCCCCGACGCCCCUGGGUGGCAGUUCUACCACCCCACCUCUCGACGUGUUCUGUCCUCCCAGGACGUCACGUUCGACGAGUCGGUACCCUACUACCGCCUCUUCCCCUACCGCACUCCGUCCCUCCCCCCACCCCCGCUCUUCUUGGUCCCAGGCCCCCCCCCGGUAGUCCCCCUCCCCCCUCAGGGUCCUGCCCCUUCAGGUGUGUCCCAGGUAGACGCGGUCGAGCCUGUCGAGGUCACUGGGGACUCUGGUGCUGCUGCUGGUGCUGAGCCUAGGGGUGCUGAGCCUGGGGGUGCUGAGCCUGGGGGUGCUGAGCCUGGGGGUGCUGAGCCUGGGGGUGCUGAGCCUGGGGGUGCUGUGCCUGGGGGUGCUGAGCCUGGGGGUGCUGAGCCUGGGGGUACUGAGCCUGGGGGUGCUGAGCCUGGGGGUGCUUCGUCUCGCCGGGAGCCACUCUCCCCACCGGAGCUGCGUGAGUGGUUUGCCAGGCGCUGGAGGCGUGCUGCUGGUGCUGGUGGUUCUUCGGCUGCAGAGGGUACUGCUGUCGCGCGUCCCGACGGUGCUCGUCCUUUGGGUGUUGGAGCUGCUGGGUCUGAGAGUUCUCCUGGAGCUGGUACUGCUGAGGGUGUUGUCGCUGAGCCUGCCGCUGGCGGUCCGCCUGCGGGUACUCCUGGUGCUGCUUCUGGGGCCUCUGGUGGUGCUGCUGGAGGUGCUGCUGGAGUGGGUGCUCCGGCCGGGGCUGCUGGCGCUGUUCCAGCUGUUUCUAGCGUCGCCGCGCGGCCCCGACCUUACUUCGUUCCGCUCCUUCAGCAGGUUCUUGGUCUUACACCUUCUCCUCCUCCCGUAGAGGGUCCGCAGCCUGUCCAGUCACAGCCACAGCUACAGCCUGCCUCCCCUUUGCCUGCUCCUUCUCCCUACGCUGGUCCGACUGGAGGUCUUACUGAGCGUCGUGAGCCUGCGUCUCGUCCUGCGUCGCCUGUUCGUCCUGCGCGCGCUAGUGGUCGCGGUUCGCGUCAGCGUCCUCCUCCUGUCCCUGGCACGCACCGGAUGUCGCUGCGUCCGUCCACUGCUCCUCUGCGUGCCCCUUUGCCUUCUCCUCCUGCUUCCUCUCUUCCUGCUCUUGCCGACCCGGAGUCGGACUCUCUUCGUGCUGCCAGUCCUACUGUCACGCGUCUCCUUGCUACUGCUGUCACUGACCCUUCCUUCGAGUCGUCUGCUGCGUCUGCCCUUGUCACUGAGCUUGUCGACUUUGCUGCGCGCUGUCGUCUCGACUACGCUGCUCGUCUUGUCACUGAGUCUGAGUCCGCCUGUCCUCCGUCCGUCGGGGGUGAGUGUGCCCUUGGCACGGACGUCCUUGAGGACAGGCAGGAGGAGUUCCAGUGUCUGGCUGCCGCUUCACCUCGUCUCGCGUCUGUACUGCUAGCCCCUGAGGGAGACCCGGAUGCACCAGACAUCCCGACUCCGCGCUCUUACGCGGAGGCGAUAGAGGGUCCCUACUCCUCUCAGUGGCAGGCAGCUAUGGAUGCAGAGAUGGCUUCCUGGAAGUCCACAGGCACCUACGUUGACGCUGUACCCCCUCCUGGGGCGAACAUCGUCAGUGGCAUGUGGAUUUUCAGGGUGAAGCGGCCGCCGGGUUCUCCGCCUGUCUUCAAGGCGCGCUACGUGGCUCGUGGCUUCAGUCAGCGGCAGGGGGUUGACUACUUCCAGACCUUCUCCCCCACCCCGAAGAUGACCACUCUUCGGGUUCUGCUGCACGUUGCUGCUCACCGUGACUAUGAGCUGCACUCUCUCGACUUCAGCACAGCUUUCUUGCAGGGCAGCCUGCACGAGGAGAUCUGGCUGCGCCGCCCACCUGGCUUCACUGGGUCUUUCCCUCCUGGUACCCAGUGGAGUCUCCGGCGUCCAGUCUACGGUCUCCGCCAGGCGCCACGUGAGUGGCACGACACACUGAGGACUACGCUCGCGGCACUUGGGUUUGCUCCUUCUACUGCCGACCCGUCGCUGUUUCUGCGCACCGACACCUCUCUGCCGCCGUUCUACAUCCUCGUGUACGUCGACGACUUGGUCUUUGCCACAGCUGACACUGCUGGACUCGCCUACGUGAAGUCUGAGCUGCAGAAGAGACACACGUGCACUGACCUGGGUGAACUGCGCAGCUACCUUGGCUUGCAGAUCACCCGGGAUAGAGCACGCCGCACCAUUACCCUGACUCAGUCACACAUGGUGCAGCAGGUCCUUCAGCGCUUCGGCUUCACGUACUCCUCGCCUCAGGCCACUCCUCUGCCUACUCGCCACUCACUCUCAGCUCUGCCUUCGGAUGAGUCCGUAGAGUCGAGUGGCCCGUUUGCAGAGCUUGUUGGCUGCCUCAUGUACCUGAUGACCUGCACACGACCUGACCUCGCAUACCCUCUUAGCAUUCUUGCACGCUUUGUUGCUCCUGGGAGACACCGACCAGAGCACAUGGCUGCAGCAAAGAGGGUGUUGCGCUACUUGUGCAGUACGUCGGGCAUGGGGCUAGUGCUUGGAGGGCGCAGUCCAGUGGUCCUCACUGGGCACGCAGACGCUUCUUGGGCUGACGACCAGGCUACGCAGCGGUCGUCACAGGGUUACUCCUUCAGCCUUGGUUCCGGCUCUGUCUCGUGGCGGGCUACCCGCUCGUCUUCUGUUCUCGGCUCCAGUUGUGAGGCUGAGAUCUACGCUGGGGCUAUGGCUGCACAGGAGUUACGCUGGCUCACCUACCUGCUGACCGACCUUGGAGAGCCGCCUCGUUCUCCUCCAGUCCUGUACGUAGACAACAAGGCCAUGCUGGCCUUGUGUCGAGAGCAGCGACUGGAGCACAGAACGAAGCACAUUGCUCUCCGCUACUUUCUUGCUCGUGAGCUACAGCAGCGUGGACAGUUGCGACUUGCGUACGUGGCCUCUGAGGCCAACACUGCUGAUGUCUUCACCAAGGCACUUGCGCCUUGUGAUCAUCAGCGUUGUUGCACGCAGUUGGGUCUUGUGCCUGUCUUGCCUCACUUGCUCUGCUCUUGA